GGUCAUAUAACGUGUAAGUUUUACGGUACCCAAAGCUUCUUCGUCUAGAUCUAGAUCCAAACAGGGCAAAGGACAGGCUCAUUCAAAUGUAUUUAAAAGGCCCCCUUCAAUGGUCAUCCCAAAAUCAAAGGCAAAGGAAAAGGCAGUGGCCAUUCACAUCACCACACCAAUUUUAAUUACUUUAACACCUCCUUUCCCUCCUUCCUUCGUUCUUCAUUAGAAUAUUUCAGAUUUAAACGGACUCGAUCCCUAAGCUAGUUUUGUACUAAUGGGAGCAGUUAAUGUUGCAAACAAGGAUAUCAAUGUUAGCUUAGCUGAAAAAAAGCCUAGAGUUGUUUUUGUUUUGGGUGGCCCUGGCAGUGGGAAAGGUACCCAAUGCGCAAAUAUAGUCGAACACUUUCAUUACACCCAUCUCAGUGCUGGAGAUCUUCUCCGAGCAGAAAUUAAGUCUGGUUCGGAAAAUGGAACCAUGAUUCAGAACAUGAUCAAAGAAGGAAAGAUUGUUCCUUCCGAGGUCACAAUUAAGCUUCUCGAGAAAGCAAUGCUGGAAAGUGGUAAUGACAAGUUCCUUAUCGAUGGUUUUCCUCGUAAUGAAGAAAACCGUGCAGCAUUCGAAGCUGUUACAAAAAUCGAGCCAGAAUUUGUCCUGUUUUUCAAUUGCCCUGAAGAAGAGAUGGAGAAGCGUCUUCUGAGUAGGAACCAGGGAAGAGAAGAUGAUAACAUCGAAACAAUAAGGAAACGAUUCAAGGUGUUUCUCGAUUCCAGCCUUCCUGUAAUCGAGUACUAUAAGGCCAAGGGAAAAGUUCGAGAGAUUGAAGCUGCAAAGCCCAUAGGAGAGGUGUUUGAGGCCGUUAAAGUUGUCUUCACCCCAAAAGCUGAAAAGGUUGUUGCCUAGGCCGGGUUUGCAAACUCUACCAGUGAUAAAUUAGCAUAUUCAUUUGAGGUUAAAUAUGUCAACAGUUUGGUGCACAUCAUUACUGUAUUCUUAAUAAUUUGGAAGGGUUUUUUUUUUUUUUUGUAUCACAUAGUAUUUGGUUUAUUAUUGUUAUUAUUAUCACAUGAUAUGUCAUGAUGAAAAUUCAUACAUUUAUAUUCUUGUUAUGGUAUUUUCUGAUAUUCACAAUAAACCCCAAAGUCUUCUAUUGUUGUUGA